CCUCCUCCUCCUCCUCCACAACUGUCGGUAAAUACACGGAUUAGAGGAUUACAUCUGAGUGACAGCUGAAAAUUGAACAGAUAUUAUCCUCGAGGCUGUAGCGUUAGUGGAUGGUGAAACAUUUUGAUAUCACUUUCUCUCAAAAUUCAUGGUUGAGUCGGUGAUUAAUUAGAUAUUUUUUUUCGUUAUCUGGAGUGGAAUUGGUCGCUGACUAAGUGGAGUUGAAAAACCCAUAUGGAUCUUUUACGCAAGAUCGAGGUACUUUUGCGCAAUAUCGGGGGAUUUGUUAAUGAAAUGAUACACGUCUGAAAUAUGAGAGACUUACCGUAAUAAAGAAUAAAUUGUCAACUUUUCCCUUACUGAUAAUGUUUUUUACAGAUGCUUGAAAUGUGACAAUUCUCGUACAGUGACUAAGUAUCAUAUUUUGUGUGUAUAAAUAGUAUAGAAGGAAGCGGUGUGGGUGUUGUGCUGUAAAUAUCUGUUAUUCCGACGUCUCUACUAGCACUGUCUCAUGACCGACUCAGUUAAGUGCGUGUCACAUGUGCUGAGCUGACCACUGGUCGUAUGUGAUGCGCUGACCACUGGUCGUAUGUGAUGCGCUGACCACUCGUCGUAUGUGAUACGCUGACCACUCGUCGUAUGUGAUGCGCUGACCACUCGUCGUAUGUGAUGCGCUGACCACUGGUCGUAUGUGAUGCGCUGACCACUCGUCGUAUGUGAUGCGCUGACCACUCGUCGUAUGUGUUGAGCUGACCUCCUGAUCAUAUGUGCUGCACUGACCCCUCCCACUUAUUCAUGUUGGAGGCAUCUAGUGAGGGUGCUACAGGAAGAGUGGUGGAGGAAGAGGAUGUUGAGAGGAUGCUUGAGGAGGUGAGAGGGGUGGAAGUCUCCUGCAGGGAAUCUGGUGGUUGUGGCGGAGGCUUCUCCCCGCAGGAGGACCUCGCUGCUCAGUUCCUUCCCUGGGAAAAGCUGGGGAAGUUACUGCUAGAUCCGACCUUCGCUGACAACUCCAACGGAUCUCAUCAUCCUCUCUUCAACUUUUCCAUCAACGAGGCUUACGACAUCAUCUCCGACACCCAAGCUGGGUACCUGGAUGUCGUGACUCAGGUCGUCUUCAUCGUCUGCUACAUCAGUCUCAUCCUCUUUGGCGUCGGGGGCAACAUGAUGGUUGGUUGGGUCAUUUGGCGCAAGAGAGCCAUGCGUACGCCAAGGAAUUUGUACAUAAUCAAUCUAACAGUGUCGGAUCUGAGCAUGUGCCUGAUCUGCAUGCCUGUGACCCUCGUCGGUCUCCUCUACAAGAACUGGGGGAUGGGCAGCCUUGCCUGUAAGCUCGUUCCCGUGCUACAAGGGGCCAACAUCAUGGUGUCAACGUCGACGGUCGUUGCGAUAGCGGUCGAUCGCUAUGCAACCAUAGUCAAAGUCGGAAGAUCGACUCGGAGUAAGUUUCACGUAGCGGCUUCAAUAUGCGCCAUCUGGACUUCGUCUGUGCUCUUCGCCCUGCCACUCUACUUCUACUACAUCGUGACGCAGGUGAAGCUUCACCACAUUCUGCUCUACUCCCGCUGCGUCGACCACUGGCCCUCCAGAAGCGUCAAAAACGUUUGGAUCAUUGCGCUGCUGCUGACCCAGUACGGCAUCCCCAUAGUGGUGCUGAGUGUGGUGCACGCCCGCAUCAAGAGGUACCUGGGCCAGCAUAUGAUGGGUCAGUACGAUGCCAGGAGGGCCCAGAAGGAGAUCGAGCGCAACCGUAAGACCACCAUCUUGCUCUCCACCAUCGCCGUGGCUUUCGCUGUCUGUUGGCUGCCUUGGAAUAUAGUUAACCUGUUGGCGGACUUCGAGUACGAAGGUUUCAGAGAUCCGACUCACCUGUAUACGGUAUUCGGAGCCUGCCACAUGAUCGCCAUGAGCUCAGCGUGCAUCAACCCCGUGCUCUACGGCUGGCUCAACACCAACCUCCGGCGGGAACUGCUCGAGUUCCUGCCGCCCAUCUUUAUCAAGAUGGGUUGGAUCCUGCCGGAGUCGUACAGGAGGAGAGCCGCGGACUCCCCGACCAGACAGCCCGAGAGUGUGACGCUCUUGGUGUUCCAGACCAACCAAACACACAGCAUCCAGACGGUGGCGCACCCGCCCCAGACCACCACCAACACCACCAUAAUUAAGGAUGACACCUAG